AUGGCCUCUAGGAGCCAGCAGGCCGCACAAGCCGAGUCUCCUGCCAACUCGAUGGAGAAGGGACAGGCGGUCGUCAAGAGCACGGGCAGCCGGGACUGCCAAGCCCCAGAAUGGAAAGUCCGCCCAAAGCAGCCCUCCCUCAGCAAGUCGGCUCGGGCCACCGACUGGGUCUGCUGGAGGAAGUGCGGCCAGAGAGAGGCCACGCUGGACACCGGCCCCGAGGACAGGAGCUUCAUGUCAGAGAUGGAGGAGAUGCGGAGGGUGUUUCUCAAGCGUCCGGGCUGCCCCCAGUUCUGCUCCCGCGCCACAUCCACAUCGAAUUGUGGGUCAGACUCCACAGCGGCCUGGCCCGCGGCGGCGCCCCUGGACUCCGAGGACUCGAAGAGGCCCGAGGACCCCCCCUCCAGCCAGCAGGACCCGGACAUGAAGGUGGACGGGCCCCUCCUUCCCUUUAGUAAGAGCAUCUGCGAGUUCAAUUACUUUCGGAAGAAGAGCGAGUCCCCAGCGCUGAGCCUGGUCGCCAGCAGCCACAUCAUGGGGCAGCGCCACCUGAGGAGGCAGAUUCCCUGGUACCUCUGGGUCAUCCACGAGAAGGACCACUGCCUGGCCACGCUGGGGGAGGAGGUGCAGCGUCUCUCCCAGCUGGAGACGCAGGUUCAGAAGAAGGACGAGGAGAUCCUGGCGCUGCAGGAGGAGCAAGCGGCCCUGAAGAAGCAGCUGAGGGACGUCCUCCAGAGCAGAGGCCCUGAGGCGCCCGUGUGCCAGGGCACGAAGGAGGAGGAGGAGGAGGAGAAGGAGGAGGCGGAGCUGGAGCUGAUGGAGGAGAAGGAGGCGCCGGAGGACUGGGAGGGCAUCAGGCGGCGGACCUGGUCCCGGGACGAGGACUUCGAGGAGGAGCUGAUGGCCCAGCUGCAGGAGUACGAGCAGGUGACCCAGGAGCUCCAGUUUGAGCUCGAGGUGGCCAGGAUCAGGCAUUCCCUGGCAACAGGAGCCUGCGUGUCUUUACAACGACAAGUGGACCACCAAGAGUCCCAGCUGCAGAGGGUCAACACGGAAAACGAGCUGCUGCAGAAGGAGCUUCGGGAGCGGAAGCACCAGCUGCAAGCCAUGACCGACAAGUUCUCCAGACUCCGGGAGGAAAAGAAGGGGGACGAGCUGGUGGGGCUCAUGGAGAAGGACAACUUCCUCCUCCAACAGCAAGUGUGGGAGCUGGAGCGGGAGCUCCUGAAGCGCGAGCAGGCCCUCACCGAGGCCAACGCCAAGGCGAGCCAGCUGGAGGCCCAGGUGAACCAGAGCCAGGGCCACCUGCAGAGGUGGCAGCAUCUGCGGGAGGCGCUGCAGAGCAAGACGGAGGCGGCGCAGCACGCCGAGCAGCAGGCCCGCGUGGCCCUGGAAAGCACUCAGUCCCGGCUGGAAAGGCUAAGAAACAAGAUAAUCCAGGCCACCUUCGGCACCUCAGGGAUCAAGUCCCUGGCCACUGAGAUCUCUGACAGCGACAUCCUGGAAGCCUUGCAGAGGCUCGUCUUAGAGAGGGCGGACUACUUCAACCAGCUGAGGCAGCGAGGGGUCAAAACGGCCGCUGCGCCGCAGUCCGAGUUCUCCCCAAACAAGACCAAGAAGGUGGCCUCCAAGUAG